CGCGCCCCCCCCCGCCGCGGUCAGCCCAGCUCAGGUUGCCGUGCCCGUCGUGGAUGCGAUGGGAAGCAGGACCCCUCGGGAGCAGCCGCAGGCACUUACCUGCCACCCUUGCAGCAGGUAUUUCAAGCACCACGUCGGCCUGGGAUAGGAACCGUAGGGAAGCCUAUCAAGCUCUUGGCCAACUAUUUUGAAGUGGACAUUCCCAAGAUCGACGUGUAUCACUAUGAAGUGGAUAUCAAGCCCGAUAAAUGUCCACGUAGAGUCAACAGGGAGGUUGUGGAAUACAUGGUGCAGCACUUCAAACCUCAGAUCUUUGGAGAUCGGAAGCCGGUCUACGACGGGAAAAAGAAUAUCUACACCGUCACUGCCCUGCCCAUCGGAAACGAACGAGUUGACUUUGAGGUAACAAUCCCAGGGGAAGGCAAAGACCGGAUAUUUAAGGUCUCCAUCAAGUGGAUGGCGAUUGUGAGCUGGCGGAUGCUCCAUGAGGCCUUGGUGAGCGGGCAGAUCCCCGUCCCGCUGGAAUCUGUCCAGGCGCUAGAUGUUGCCAUGAGACAUCUGGCAUCAAUGAGGUACACUCCUGUGGGCCGUUCCUUCUUCUCCCCUCCUGAAGGUUACUACCACCCUCUGGGAGGGGGCAGGGAAGUUUGGUUUGGGUUCCAUCAGUCGGUCAGGCCUGCCAUGUGGAAGAUGAUGCUCAACAUUGAUGUGUCGGCGACAGCCUUCUACAAAGCCCAGCCCGUGAUCGAGUUCAUGUGCGAAGUGCUGGAUAUCCGAAACAUCGAUGAGCAGCCAAAGCCCCUAACGGACUCGCAGAGGGUGCGCUUCACUAAGGAGAUCAAAGGUUUGAAAGUAGAGGUGACCCACUGUGGGCAGAUGAAGAGGAAAUACCGAGUGUGUAAUGUUACCAGGCGACCAGCCAGUCACCAGACGUUCCCCUUGCAACUGGAAAGUGGGCAGACAGUGGAGUGUACAGUGGCUCAGUACUUCAAGCAGAAAUACAACCUGCAGCUGAAAUACCCCCACCUGCCAUGUCUGCAGGUCGGCCAGGAACAGAAGCACACGUAUUUGCCCUUGGAGGUGUGUAACAUUGUGGCAGGCCAGCGGUGCAUCAAGAAGCUAACAGACAAUCAGACAUCAACCAUGAUAAAAGCAACGGCGAGAUCCGCCCCAGAUAGACAAGAGGAAAUCAGCCGACUGAUGAAGAAUGCCAGUUACAACCUGGAUCCGUACAUACAGGAGUUUGGGAUAAAGGUGAAGGACGACAUGACGGAAGUGACGGGGAGGGUCCUUCCAGCACCAAUCUUACAGUACGGAGGCCGGAACCGGGCGAUUGCCACUCCCAACCAGGGCGUGUGGGACAUGCGGGGAAAACAGUUCUACAAUGGGAUCGAGAUCAAAGUCUGGGCUAUCGCCUGCUUUGCCCCCCAGAAGCAGUGUCGAGAGGAGGUGCUGAAGAACUUCACAGACCAGCUGCGCAAGAUUUCGAAGGAUGCAGGGAUGCCCAUCCAAGGCCAGCCAUGUUUCUGCAAAUAUGCACAGGGUGCGGACAGCGUGGAGCCGAUGUUCCGACACCUUAAAAAUACCUACUCUGGGCUCCAGCUCAUCAUCGUCAUCCUGCCAGGAAAAACACCUGUGUAUGCGGAGGUGAAGCGUGUUGGAGACACGCUCCUGGGGAUGGCCACGCAGUGCGUUCAGGUCAAGAAUGUGGUGAAAACCUCGCCGCAAACCCUCUCCAACCUCUGCCUCAAAAUCAACGUCAAACUGGGUGGGAUCAACAACAUCCUCGUGCCUCACCAGCGCUCGGCCGUCUUUCAGCAGCCAGUGAUCUUUCUGGGUGCCGAUGUCACCCACCCACCAGCGGGGGAUGGGAAGAAGCCUUCCAUAACGGCUGUUGUGGGCAGCAUGGAUGCCCACCCGAGCCGUUACUGUGCCACGGUACGAGUCCAGCGCCCUCGGCAGGAGAUUAUUGAGGACCUGUCCUACAUGGUGAGGGAGCUGCUCAUUCAGUUCUACAAGUCCACCCGCUUCAAACCCACCAGGAUCAUCUUCUACCGGGACGGGGUUCCAGAGGGGCAGCUCCCGCAGAUUCUUCACUAUGAGCUGCUGGCAAUCCGAGACGCCUGCAUCAAACUGGAGAAGGAUUAUCAGCCCGGCAUCACAUACAUAGUUGUCCAGAAACGGCACCACACCCGCCUCUUCUGUGCGGAUAAGAAUGAAAGGAUUGGCAAGAGUGGGAACAUCCCGGCUGGAACAACUGUGGAUACGAACAUCACCCACCCGUUCGAGUUUGACUUCUACCUGUGCAGUCAUGCAGGCAUUCAGGGUACGAGCAGACCUUCCCAUUACUAUGUCCUCUGGGACGACAACCGGUUUACAGCAGAUGAGCUGCAGAUCCUUACGUACCAGCUCUGCCACACCUACGUGCGCUGCACCCGCUCAGUCUCCAUCCCAGCACCAGCAUAUUAUGCCAGAUUGGUGGCAUUCAGGGCGCGGUACCACCUAGUGGACAAAGAGCAUGACAGCGGAGAGGGUAGCCAUAUAUCUGGACAGAGCAACGGCAGAGACCCGCAGGCCCUGGCAAAGGCUGUGCAAGUUCAUCAGGACACUUUACGUACCAUGUACUUUGCUUGAAAGCCUAACUUUUCUUACCUCAUUCAAGAAAGCUUUCAGAUUUGUAGGAGCCAUACAAAAAAGGAAGCAUUGAGACACCUUGGUUGUUCCAAUGAGAAUCACUGCAGGGCAGGCAGCGUCACUUGAGGCAGGAGACCAACACCACAUGCGGAAGGAGAGAGACCAGACCCCUUCGUAGUAUGGGAAGAGACUGAUUAUUUUUCUGAUUUUGCAAAUCUUCACCUGACCAAACCAGUGAAGGUGUUUAAAGAAGGGAUAAAACGGAAACAGAAGCAGGUUUCCAUUUUAAAAUGCAAUACACUAUAGACUUCUGACUGCAAAACAAAGGAAUUGGUCCUCCAUUGCCAAACAGAUGCUGGUUGGUAUUUUGGGGGUGGGGUGGGGGGAUUUUUAGAGCCUUAAACAGAAGACUAGAUUUAUAAAGUAAUAUUUUAGGAUACAAGAUGCUUUAAUGGGUUAAGGAAAAAAACUAGUUUGUAGAAAAAUUCUAACACUAACAUUUGCCCCCCAUGUAACGUAAGGCACCCUAGCACUUAGCUCCAAACUGAUGAAAUCUGUCUUCCUUAUGUUAAAGGCUAGUUAGCUGCUUCCAUUUGAAGCAACAGUCACAGACUUUUCCUUGGGUGAGUGCCUUACUACGAUGCUGCAAAAUUUCAACAUUUUUAUCUUGUAAUGAAAAAAUAUAGGACUCUUGUCUUGGUGAUGGUCCAUAUUUCCAUCCAAAGGAGUUGAUUUUAUAUUCAUAAAGUUACAGUUGGUGUUAGAUCACAACCUCACAAUGGUUAAACUCCAUUGAAAGACGUGCACUUUCAUAUAGGACAAGUUGAAUAGCUGCUGACCCGUUUUUGUUUCCAGUGUACUACUUUGUUAUUUAAAACUGCAUUUCUGACAAAUGGGGGCAUUCAUCCCAUGAGGACAGAAAUCCUCAGUUUAGUAUUUUUUUUUCCUGAAUUUCUACAAUGAGGACACAUCGGGAUUUUUUUUACUAAGCAUUAUUUUUAUAUGAUAUGAAGUCUGUUGCCAAAAUUCACAAGUCAUUAACAUUGUCAGAGUUUACAUCACUGCACUUCCUGAGACUUUGUAUGUUCAUGCCAGAGAUUGAUAGUAUUUCCUGUCCAAUGAGUGUAUUGCUAACUGCAGUCCAUGGAGCUGUGGGGUAUUCCUUUGUUAUGUUCUAGUGCAGAGGUUGGCAACCUAUGGCAUGCGUGCCGAAGGCGGCACACGAGCUGAUUUUCAGUGGCACUCACACUG